GCAGAACGUCACGGCGCAGCUGUUCGGUGCCGAGGCCUACGGCACGCCGGCGGCCUUCGGAGACUUCAACUCAGACAAGCAGACGGACCUGUUCGUGCUGCGCGGCGGAAAUGAAUUGAUUAUCUUUUUGGCAGACCAAAAGGAACCUUACUUUAAGCCCCGUGUUAAGUUACCGAUGAAAUCUCUAGGUGUUAUCAUAACCAGUGUAGUUCCAGGAGACUAUGAUGGUGACUCACAAAUGGAUGUCCUCCUGACUACCCGCACACAAAAUCAUGGCAAAGAUGAACUUUCAGUGUUCAUUUUCUGGGGACACAACCAAACAUUAGAUCUUAACCAUAAAACUAUGAUAAAUAAGACUUUUCAUGAUGAGCCUCUAGUAAUGGACUUUAACGGUGAUUUGAUUCCUGAUGUCUUUGGUGUCACAGGUGAUUCAGAUAAGCCACAGAUACUGAUGGGCGGGAACUUGUCGCGGCAUGCUGCACUGGACACCCAGAGUAGAAUGUAUGUGCCACACUCUCAUGCGUUUAUAGACUUAAAUAAUGACUUCACAGCUGACUUAUUCCUUACUACCUCAAAUCCUGACAUUCAGUUUGAGACUUGGAUAAAUAAGGAUGGGAACUUCUCUAAACCUGAAAAAAGUAAAGCAAAGCCUAGUGGUGCAGUGGUUGUUGGACAGUCUGUAUUUGCAGAUUUUGAUGGUGAUGGACGAAGUGAACAUUUGUUACCAGUAUGUGAAGAUGUAAACUGUCAAAAAAGUGCCAUCUACUUAACUAAGCUAGGAAUGGAUCAGUGGAUUCCAGUCUUGCAAGACUUCAGAAAUAAAGACACACUUUGGGGCUUUGUAAAAAAUCAAACGGACAAAACUACAUCAGAAGUUUCAUUUCCAAUGACUCUUCAUAUUGGAGAUUACAACAUGGAUGGCUACCCAGAUGCCCUUGCUAUACUAAAGAACGCAUCUGGAAGCAAUCAACAAGCGUUUUUACUAGAAAAUGUCCCAUGCAAUAAUGCAAGCUGCAAGAGUGCACGUCGUAUGUUUAAAGUUUUUUGGGAGCUCUCUGACCUAAAUCAAAUCAAAGAUGCAGUCGUAGCAACCUUCUUUGAUAUCUACGAAGAUGGAAUCUUGGAUAUCAUUGUAGUAAGCAAGGGCCACUCCAGUGAAGACUUUGCUAUCCAUACGUUAAAAAACAACUUUGAAGCAGAUGCAUAUUUUGUUAAAGUUAUUGUUCUCAGUGGCCUCUGUUCUAAUGACUGUCCUCGGAAAAUAACACCUUUUGGUGUUAAUCAGCCUGGUCCUUACAUCAUGUAUACAACUGUUGAUGCAAAUGGAUACUUGAAAAAUGGGUCAGCUGGACAGCUGAGCCAGUCAGCACAUUUUGCUCUCCAGUUGCCAUACAAUGUUCUGGGCUUGGGACGUAGUGCUAACUUCCUUGACCAUUUGUAUGUUGGAAUUCCUCGUCCUUUAGGAGAAAAGUCCAUAAGGAAACAAGAAUGGACAGCUAUCAUACCAAACUCCCAGCUUAUAGUCAUCCCAUAUCCUCAUAAUGUUCCUCGAAGCUGGAGUGCCAAGCUAUAUCUGACCCCGAGUAACAUAGUGCUGCUAACAGCUAUAGCCUUAAUUGGUGUCUGUGUUUUUAUCCUGGCAAUAAUUGGCAUAUUACACUGGCAAGAAAAGAAAGCAGAUGACAGAGAGAAGCGACAGGAAGCUCAUCGGUUCCAUUUUGAUGCUAUGUGACACGCCUUAAUAUUUAUGGAGGAGCUGCUAUUCGUUUGCUAAAUUGAAAUACUAAAUUCUGAUUUGUAAAAUGAUUACUAUGGAAAAUACUGCUGGUGUGCUAUUUGUAAAUGUUGCAUUAUUUGGUAUUUAUUUGGAACAUAUUAAAAAUAGACCUGAAUGUCUCUUAAGGCCUUCCAGAAAAAAAAAAACUAAAACAAAAACAAAAAAAGCUUGUAUAUAAUAGCAUUUGGUCUUUAUUUAACAGAAGUGUACAUUAAUUUUUCAUAGUAAAAGGGUAAUUUUGCAUGUACCGUUGUUUACAUACCACCAGUUCUUUAGUAAUAUAUUUGAUAGAAAGCUGUGUAAAUAAAGAUUAGUAUUUUAGUGAGCAGAAUACUUUGUACCACUGGCAUUGGUAUUGUUAUUUACACAUUCCUGCAAAGUAAACUGCAUUUCUGAAAAUUAAUCUUGAGCAAUUUCUCAGAUGACAUAAUCAUUAAUUGAUUGCUUAACUGAAAGUAUUCUGUAUUUCUCUUUGUUUAAGUUCAUAUGUGCAAUUGCUAAAGAAUUGGGAAACUCAAAGAAACCUUCAGUGUUGAUGGUAGUUCAGUACUUGUGGGAUAGAUGCGGUAUUUAUACGUUAGUUCUAGAAAGAUGAUGGCACAUUAAAAAGAACUGAAGUAAUAAAAUGUAUCAGUGUGA